UUGCUCCUCAUCUCACCACAGUCAGUCAGUCAGUCUGCUACAGAGUUCAGAUCACAAUAUCGGAGUGCUACUUCACUGACCUGCAUUCCCACUGUCAUCAUAAGACCAUGCUUGUUAAGGAGUGGUGCACCUGUACAAUGCAGUUCCGCUAAAGCCCAUUCGAGGUAAAUCACUGCGUCUGGUCAUUUGUCAUUGAGGGGAAACAAGGAACUCAGUCAGGCACAGUUGGAGGAAGGACGUCGAGCUUCCCUACUAUCAAGUUCUCUCUGUACCAAAGAUGUCAACCGCCACCGCAGACAGUGUAGGAAGUGGAACCAAGCCCUCUAAAGCAUCAAAGGAUCAUAAAAAGCCGACGUCAUCUGCCCUGAAAGGAGCCAUCCAGCUGGGCAUCGGUUACGCUGUGGGAAACCUCAGCUCCAAACCCGACAGAGAUGUUCUCAUGCAGGACUUCUCUGUGGUGGAGAGCGUUUUCCUGCCCAGUGAGGGCAGCAACCUGACCCCAGCACAUCACUACCCAGAUUUCCGUCUGAAAACGUACGCACCGCUGGCCUUCCGCUACUUCAGGGAGCUGUUUGGCAUCAAACCAGACGACUAUCUGUACUCCAUCUGUAAUGAGCCUCUGAUCGAGCUGACCAACCCCGGCGCCAGCAGCUCCUGGUUCUACCUCACCAGCGAUGACGAGUUCAUCAUUAAGACGGUGCAGCAUAAAGAGGCAGAGUUCCUGCAGAAGCUGCUUCCUGGUUACUACAUGAAUCUGAAUCAGAACCCGAGGACAUUGUUGCCCAAGUUCUACGGCCUUUACUGCAUCCAGUGCAACGGCGCCACCAUCCGUGUGGUGGUGAUGAACAACGUGCUGCCGCGCGCCAUGAAGAUGCACUACAAGUAUGACCUGAAGGGUUCCUCGUACAAACGCUGCGCCUCGCGCAAAGAGCGUGUCAAGUCCUCGCCCACGUUCAAAGACCUGGACUUCCAGGAGAUGCACGAGGGCCUGCACUUCGACGCGGACACCUACAACGCCCUGAUGAAGACCCUGCAGAGGGACUGUCGGGUGCUGGAGAGCUUUAAGAUCAUGGACUACAGUCUCCUGCUGGGGAUUCAUGUUUUAGACCGGAAGCUGCUGAGCAGAGGAAGCCGACGUGACAGCAGGAAGGGACAGAAAGUCCUCUACUCCACCGCCCUCGAGUCCAUCCAGGGGAAUGUGAAGGCCCCUGAACCGGUGGCUGAUGAUGAAACAUUGGGUGGAAUUCCGGCCAAACAUAAAGAUGAGAACCUUCUCAUCUUUUUAGGAAUCAUCGACAUCCUUCAGUCCUACAGGUUCAUCAAGAAGGUGGAACACUCCUGGAAAGCUCUUGUACAUGACGGGGACACGGUGUCGGUUCACAGGCCCAGCUUCUACGCCGACAGGUUUCUGAAGUUCAUGGGCUCGACUGUAUUUAAAAAGAUUCAUCCUUUAAGAGGAACAUCUUCAAAGAGGAAGAGGAGUUCUAUCAAUGCCUCCAAGUCAGCCUCUCAGGAGUUUCUGUCCCCAAAGUGGGAGGAGAAGAAAGAGGAGAAGAAGGCCCAAAGCAUGGACAACCUGGAUGGAAACUUUUAUAGUUCCUCCAAGCAGCCGGAUCUCCUUCCGAGAGUUUCUUUCGAGGUCACCGAGAAUGAUGAGGAGGACCUUGAAAACAGGCCUACUCCUGUAUUUUUAUGUUGCAGUGAAGAACGACGAGCCUCUAGUUCAACGAUCGCUCUGGACGACCCUCUGCCGUGUCUCAGCCGGAGCCAGUCAGACCCUGAACUAGACGUCUAUUUGUGAGAAGCCACCUGGAAUUCUGACCUUUGACCUCCCUACACAGUGUCACAUCAGGACCUCAUAACAGUGUAAAUGUGACACAAACUACAACUAACAGUUUCUCCACUGUGAGCAUCACUCUGUGCCUUUGCAACUUUCCUUUUUGAAUCAAAGUAAAUGUGCCAAAUCACUGGUUAUUUUGUAGAAAUCCCAUUAUUACCAUAAUGGGGAUACAGUCUUGUGUUCAUGUGUGUUAAGAUCACUGAACCGCCGUGCUAAUAUAAAACACUAUGAAGCUGUUUCUUCUCCUGUUAUUUGCACUUUGCUGCUAAUUAAACAACAGUUCUAACAAGAAAAUUGAGUUUGACCUUUCCUCUUGGAGGUCUGAAUUUCUGUGAAGAUGUUUAAAUGUUCUCAGUGGCUGGAUCCCUGAGGAAAUAGAUUAAUCUUAUUAAUCAGCUGCAAGAAAGAAAAAUGCUGUUAUUUUCAAAUCACGUAAUUAUAUUGAGCUGUGUUGAAACCAAUUGGUGUCAAGAAUAUGAAAGAAAAAUGAAUCUGUGUGAUACAGUGUCUAUACACUUAGAAACAUUACUGGAUGAUUUUAGAAUCACAAUUUGCUUUAAACAAUGUUUCAAUAUAUUGCUACACAAUUAUUAAUUUAUUGUACAUUUUCUGUGUAUUUUUUCUCCAAACAUGCAUAAUCUGCUGCCACUAUGACACGAAGUGAAGUAUUUUCUCAGUUUUUCGUUAUAACAAGAUGUUUUUCAUGUUAUAAUGACAUAUUUAUAUAUCACUACAGCAAUACGCUGUACAGCUUUCAGUACUUGACCUUUCAUGCAUCCAUGGGCUGUUUUUUCUUUAGAGAAUGUACAAUUCAUCUUUUCUGGGAUUUAUUGAUAACUAAUGCCUGUUUUAAAUCCUGGAAGUAAAUAAAUGAUUAUAUUGUAUGCUUUCAACUGUCUUCUUUUUGCCUUCCAAAGUUUAAAUUUGUGUGCUUUUAUGUGAUUUAUAGGCCUAUGUAUUAUAGCAAUACUCUGAACUUGUAUCUGUGAAAUAAAUUUAUAUUUGAUGUU